AUGGAUACUCGUCGAGAAUCGGGUACCCGACAAAUCGGAGAUGGGAUAAAAAUAGAGAUGUUCGUCGGGUUCGGGGAUGAGUACUUCACUACCUAUCAAGGAAUUCCAGAAACAACAGAAGUUGCAGUCCCUGUGCCUCACUUUCCUACAAGUCAGGUUGCCUUGGAAGGGACUGGAAUGGGCACAAUUUCUAAUGCUUCUUCUAUUGGAGCACCCAAUUCAUCUCCACUGAACUUGUUUCCACAGGAAGCAGUUUCUGGUGGUGGCAACGAUGGACUUGGUUUUCUUGUUUUUCUCAGAAGCAACCAACAGUUCCAAGCAUUACGCACUAUGGUUCAAUCAAAUCCACAAAUUUUACAGGUGUCCCAUGCUUCGAAGCAAAAUCCACAACUGUUAAGACUUAUACAAGAGCAUCACACAGAGUUUCUUCAAUUGCUUAAUGAGCCUAGCGACGUUUCUGAAGGCGAUAUGCUCGACCUUGCCGAUCAGGAAAUGCCUCAUUCUAUCAGUGUCACACCAGUAGAGCAGGAAGCAAUUGCACGUCUUGAGGCAAUGGGAUUUGACAGAGCCGUUGUAAUUGGCUGUUAA